GCCAAACUCAGAUUGAUGACAAAGAGAAAAUGAAUUAUGGCCAAAAUGAUGUCCAAACUAGUGCUACAGAAAUCUCUUAGAGUGACAGGAGUUAGGCGUUGCCGUCACAUUUCCCAUGUGACUCCAGACCUCGUCUGGAUCAGCGAUGUUGAUAACAAUCUCGUUUUGACAAACAAUGUAGGUGACGAUCUUCAUCAUUUGACAGAUAUAGCUAGUGCUCAAUAUGGAAUACACACUGUGAAUAAGGAUAAGUGUUUAAUUUAUAUAGACAGUACGGGUAACAUCUUGAAACUGUCAACAGACAAUACAACAAAGAGUAUAUUAAUAAAGUACGCGGAACCUUGGAGACCACGGUGUAUCUACAGCUCCCCUUCCACUGGUGACCUGCUGGUCGGGAUGGUUAAUACUGAUAAUCAGGGAGAAGGCAAGGUAGUCCUGUAUAAUUCAACUGGAGAACAAAUUCAUACCAUUCAGCACGACAAUUCAGGUGGGAGAAUUUACAGUGAACCAAAAUACAUAACAGAAAACCAAAAUGGAGAUAUUAUUGUGUCUGAUUGGCUCCUUAAUGCUGUAGUGGUAACAGAACAUGGAGGAAGACACCGCUUUUCUUAUACAGGACCUCCAGAAGAAAGCCAUGACCUCAACAAAGUGGGACCAUCAGAAUCAAAAAUGUGGCCACUGGCAAUUUGUACUGAUGAACUAUCACAUAUAAUAAUUUGUGAUCCUUUUAACACAAGGAUACAUUUGAUUGACAAGAACGGUCACUUCCUGUUAUUUAUAUUGACAAAAGAACGAACAAAUAUAGGAGAACUAUUUAUGAAAGGAGGACUAAAAACAGAAGAAGUAUACAUUCCACAGAGCCUGGGUUAUGAUGAAAAAACUAACCUUCUAUGGGUUGGAUUAGCAAACAGCAACAUGGUAGAGAUAUACAAAUAUACAGCAAAGGAGUAUAGGACAGAAGUUGCUGAUUCCACUGAUGACACCAUGCAUGUUUCUCCCAGCCCCCAAAACUGCUGAAACAGAAAGUGAUCCAACACUUCUGCAAGAGAGUUUUUCCAAACCAUUUAUAGGUCACGUGCGCUGAAAACUAAAAUGAAACUUUCUGAGCCCUUUUUCCCAUUUGUCUGUCUGACUGUAUGCUUCUCGUUAACCCCUGCGAUAGUUUAAAACAAACACUUAGCACAAAAUAGCCUUGUACUUUAAGUUUGCUAAAUAAAUAUAAGGCCUCAUCCUCCUAAAAGUGUUAUGA